GUCAGUCUGUCAUAUUUCUCGUGUAAACUGCGGUAAAUUGCGUUUGAUUUGAAAAAGUAUCCUUGUUAUUACUUUUAUCGAGAGAAAAUGAAGGUUGAGGAAGUUAAAAGUACUGUAAAAACUCAGCGAAUAAGUGCUCACAGUCAUAUCAAAGGCUUAGGGCUCAAUGAAGCUGGAUUCGCUCUUCCUGCAGCUGCCGGUUUGGUUGGCCAAGAGCAGGCUAGAGAGGCUGCUGGUAUUGUUGUCGAUAUGAUAAAGAGUAAAAAGAUGGCUGGUAGGGCUGUGUUGCUGGCUGGACCUCCAGGUACUGGAAAAACUGCCAUAGCUUUAGCCAUAGCACAAGAAUUAGGUACGAAGGUACCUUUCUGUCCCAUGGUUGGUUCUGAAGUUUAUAGUUCAGAAAUUAAGAAAACAGAAGUUCUUAUGGAAAAUUUUCGCCGAGCAAUUGGAUUGAGAAUACGAGAGACAAAAGAAGUUUAUGAAGGUGAAGUGAGUGAAUUAACACCUGUGGAAACUGAAAAUCCAGCUGGUGGAUAUGGAAAAACAGUUAGUCAUGUGAUAAUAGGUUUGAGAACAGCCAAGGGUAGCAAACAAUUAAAAUUAGACCCUAGUAUAUACGAUGCUUUGCAGAAAGAGAAAGUUGAAGUGGGGGAUGUUAUUUAUAUAGAAGCUAAUAGUGGCGCUGUAAAAAGACAAGGUAGAUCUGAUGCUUUUGCUACUGAGUUCGAUUUGGAAGCAGAAGAAUAUGUUCCAUUGCCAAAAGGUGAUGUACAUAAAAAGAAGGAAGUUGUACAGGAUGUUACUCUUCAUGAUUUAGAUGCUGCAAAUGCUAAGCCUCAAGGAGGCCAAGAUGUCUUAUCCAUGAUGGGUCAACUUCUCCGACAUAAACGAACUGAAAUAACAGAUAAAUUGAGACAGGAAAUUAAUAAGAUUGUGGACAAAUACAUUGAUCAGGGUAUAGCUGAAUUGGUACCUGGAGUAUUAUUUAUUGAUGAAGUUCAUAUGCUUGAUAUUGAAACUUUUACAUACCUCCAUAGAGCUUUAGAAAGUGCAAUUGCUCCAAUAGUUAUCUUCGCAACAAAUAGAGGUAGAUGUAUCAUUAGAGGAACAGAUGAUAUUUUGUCUCCACAUGGUGUUCCUUUAGAUUUAUUAGACAGGCUUCUCAUAAUAAGAACUCUUCCAUAUGCCAAAAACGAGGUAGAGCAAAUAUUGAAACUCAGAGCCAGCACAGAAGGUCUAGAGAUUGAUCAGGAGGCACUUUCAACACUUGCCGAAAUUGGCACACAGUCAACGUUACGUUAUGCUGUUCAACUUCUGACGCCUGCUUCACUCACAGCAAAGACAAAUGGAAGGCCCAAUAUUAUGAAACAAGAUGUUGAGGAAGUUAAUUCUCUGUUUUUGGAUGCGAAAUCUUCAGCCAAAAUUUUAUCGGCGCAAAAGGAUAAGUUCAUGAUGUGAAAAAAAAUAGGACCAAAGUUUUCGCAAUUUUUUCAAUGUGUUGAUGAUGUUUAUAUUGAGUAUGAUCCGAUAGUUGAUUGGAAGUGUUUUUGUAAUGAAUAAUUAAUAAUUAUAGUUUAAGAAUCCAA